CGGAACGCGUCCGCAAGAGGCAUUCGACCAGUUCGAAACACGUUUGCACAAUUGUCAUUCACUCUGGAGAGUUCCCUCCGUUUUUCGAUUUUUCUUUGCUUUGAGUGUCCCGAGCUUUUACGUCCAAGCUCGUUGAGAGCACACAGAAAGAAUGGCGUCGCAGCUAGGUGUGCAGCCCUCGCUCGACACGGUGCGAGAAGUCCUGGCCGCAGCCGUCAACUCUCCCAAUCCGCCCAAUCUCGUCCCCAUCUUCUCCUCCAUCUCCGCCGAAUUCUUGACCCCCUCGAGUAUAUACCUGAAAGUUUCCGCCAAAUCCAAGUCGAAACUCUCAUUUCUUUUUGAGAGCGCUGCUACAACAGAAACAAUCGCACGAUACAGUUUUGUCGGCGUAGAUCCGCACAAGGUCAUCAAGACGGGUCCCGGCCAUGGCGAGGAGGCCGAUCCCUUACCCAUCCUCGAGAAGGAGCUGUCAAGAUACAGAGUCGCAACCAUUCCCUCUAUAACACUGCCACCGCUGACGGGCGGUGCGGUUGGUUAUGUGGGGUAUGACUGCGUCAAGUACUUUGAGCCGAAGACGCGGCGGGACGACAUGAAGGACGUGCUGGGAGUGCCGGAGAGUUUCUUCAUGCUGUUUAAUACCGUGGUUGCCUUGGAUCACUUUGCGCAAGUGGUCAAGGUCAUCACCUAUGUCACGGUGCCGGACAAUCUGGACGAUCUGCCGACGGCAUACCAGGAUGCAACUGCGCGGUUGCAGAAGUAUGUGUCGAUACUGAAGGAGAAAGAGGUGCCACUCCCUGAGCAAGGGCCGAUCCAGCUGGGGCAGGAGUACAAGUCCAACAUUGGACGGGAUGGAUAUGAGAACCAUGUCAAGAAGCUCAAGAAGCACAUUGAGGUGGGAGACAUCAUCCAAGCCGUGCCGUCACAACGGUUCGCGAGACCUACGUCGCUGCAUCCCUUCAACAUCUACCGGCAUCUUCGAAACGUCAAUCCCUCUCCGUAUCUCUUCUUCCUCGACUGCGAGGACUUCCAGAUUGUGGGCGCCAGCCCCGAGCUGCUCGUGAAGGAAGAACAAGGGCGGAUCAUCACACACCCGAUCGCGGGGACAGUCAAACGCGGCAAGACAUUGGAGGAGGACAGCGCCUUGGCGAAUGAGCUGCUCAGCAGCAUCAAGGAUCGGGCCGAACAUGUGAUGCUGGUGGACCUGGCACGGAACGACGUCAAUCGUGUUUGCGACCCGCUGACGUGCCGGAUAGACCAGUUGAUGGUGGUUCAGAAGUUUUCGCAUGUGCAGCAUCUCGUGUCGCAGGUAUCGGGAGUGCUGCGGCAGGGCAAGACGCGGUUUGAUGCAUUUCGGUCGAUAUUUCCAGCAGGAACCGUGAGCGGAGCUCCCAAAGUUCGGGCCAUGGAGCUGAUAGCAGAGCUGGAGCGGGAGAAGCGCGGCAUCUAUGCUGGGGCGGUAGGCUACUUUGGCUACGGAAGCGUGGAUGGGGACAAGGAGGUGGAAGGGGCCAUGGAUACAUGCAUCGCGUUGCGAACGAUGGUGGUCAAGGACGGGGUUGCGUACCUGCAGGCGGGUGGAGGCAUCGUCUUCGACUCCGACCCGUACGACGAGUGGAUGGAGACGAUCAACAAGCUGGGAGCGAACAUGGAAUGCAUCACAUCGGCGGAGAAGAAGUACUAUAGCGAGCAGGUCAAUGAGGAGGAUGGUGGUGAUGGAAAUGGGCGAGGGGCAACGCGGACGACGGCGCACAUUGACCUCGCUGCUGGCUAAGGUGAAUGUGGCUGGCGGAAGUGGCUGUGGAAGCGAGUGGAGGCAGGGAUGGCCUGUCUACUUGUAAGCUCUUCCAAUAAGUAGUCUACAGCCUCUGUUCACAUCCGACUGAACAUGACCCUGCACUCCCUCUGUACUGCUGUUUUCCACAUCUGAUGUAAACAGCUAGCAGGCGUAGCAUUAUAGGAGGUCCUGCAAUUAGCUUUGUAGCACGACUCUACUUAUAGUAGUAUGUUUAGAAAGAAAAUUCUAC